AUGGCGUUCAACAAGAUCUGGUAUACCCUAGCCCUUGGACUUCUGCUGCCUUGUUCUUGUGCCCAUACGGACUUCUUCACUUCCAUCGGUCAUAUGACAGACUUAAUUAAUACAGAAAAAGAUCUGGUGGUGUCACUGAAAGAUUACAUCAAGGCAGAAGAAAGCAAGCUGGAACAGAUCAAAAAAUGGGCAGAGAAGUUGGAUCAGCUGACAGAUACUGCUACGAAAGACCCAGAGGGAUUUUUAGGACAUCCUGUAAAUGCAUUCAAGUUGAUGAAACGGCUCAACACAGAGUGGGCUGAGCUGGAAAGCCUGGUUCUGAAGGACAUGUCAGAUGGCUUUAUCUCCAACAUGACUAUCCAGAGGCAAUUUUUCCCAAACGAUGAAGAUCAGACUGGUGCAGCAAAAGCCCUUCUGCGGCUUCAAGACACGUAUAAUUUGGACACAGACACCCUCUCCAGAGGGAACCUCCCAGGUGUGAAGCACAAAUCCUUUUUAACAGCUGAAGAUUGCUUUGAGCUGGGAAAGAUUGCCUACACUGAAGCUGACUACUACCACACGGAGCUUUGGAUGGAACAAGCUCUGAAGCAGCUGGAUGAGGGCGAAGUGUCUUCUGCUGAUAAAGUCUACAUCCUGGACUAUCUGAGUUACGCUGUGUACCAGCAGGGAGACCUGGGCAAAGCUAUGAUGCUCACCAAACGCCUUCUGGAGCUGGAUCCUGAACAUCAAAGAGCAAAUGGGAACAUGAAGUAUUUUGAAUAUAUCAUGGCUAAAGAAAAAGAAGCAAAUAAGUCCAGUACGGAUUCAGAAGACCAGAUGGAGAGGGAAACUGAGGUUAAGAAAAAGGAUUACCUGCCCGAGAGAAGGAAGUAUGAAAUGCUGUGCCGUGGGGAGGGUCUCAAAAUGACUCCUCGGAGACAAAAAAGACUCUUCUGCCGUUACUACGAUGGGAACAGGAAUCCUAGAUACAUUCUGGGCCCUGUCAAACAGGAGGAUGAGUGGGACAAACCUCGAAUUGUUCGCUUCCUUGACAUCAUCUCUGAUGAAGAGAUCGAAACUGUGAAAGAACUAGCAAAGCCAAGGCUGAGCCGUGCUACUGUUCAUGACCCUGAGACUGGGAAACUGACCACAGCACAUUACAGAGUCUCUAAGAGUGCAUGGCUGUCUGGCUAUGAAAGCCCGGUGGUAUCUCGCAUCAACACGAGGAUACAGGAUCUAACAGGACUUGAUGUCUCCACAGCAGAGGAACUACAGGUAGCCAACUACGGCGUAGGAGGCCAGUAUGAGCCUCACUUUGAUUUUGGAAGGAAAGAUGAGCCAGAUGCUUUUAAGGAAUUGGGAACGGGCAACAGAAUUGCUACUUGGUUGUUUUAUAUGAGCGAUGUGUCAGCAGGGGGAGCUACUGUCUUUCCCGAAGUAGGAGCCAGUGUGUGGCCUAGGAAGGGCACAGCUGUCUUCUGGUACAACCUCUUCCCAAGCGGAGAAGGGGAUUACAGCACGCGGCACGCAGCCUGCCCGGUGCUAGUUGGGAACAAAUGGG